AUGGGACGAGGAAGGGAGAAGAAAAAAAAAGUAGUGGAAAGUGAGGCGAGGAAGGGAAGAAGAAAAGUUGAUGCAAGAUGGGGAGGAGGAGCGUUGAAGAGGAUGAGGGCAGGAUAUGUAAGUAUAUGUAUGGAAGAGUUUAGGUGCGUGAGGUGCGGCUUGGGAACCAGAGUGGAAGAGGGACACACAGCCUGGUGGGAGGGCGAGACAUGGAUCAAUUUGAUGGACAUGGGCGCUGAGCGGCAGACUGGCGUGCGUGGUGCCAGACGUGGUGUGCUCGAAGUCCAUGUCCAAGUCCAUGUCCAAGGGGGGUGGGUCAAAAGUUAUGCUCCGGGCGGGCCAAAAGGGCCAAGGGGGGUGUGCGGUUCAUGGAAUUGA